UUUCCGAGCUUCCCCUUGCAUUUCAUUUGUCACUCCAACUCCUACUGUCCCACUCUGUGCUUUUACCAGUUACAUCACUCACACUCUCCUCCAUUCACACACAACCAGCCAAGCCAGCUACUAGUCUAUAUAGACUAUACAUAUAAUAUAGUGUUAUAGAGUCAACAUGCACCGAUUUGCCACCACUCUUUUCGUGCAGUGAUGACAUCCCAUUCCCAUUCCCAUUCCCAACCUCGAUGUAUCCGCGUUUCCAGGUGUCACCGCCACCCCUCCAAACCCAUCACCGGCUUCUGCGCCUCGUGCCUCCGCGAGCGCCUCGCUUCCAUCGACUCCGCCACCCGCCACGAGAUCCCCAUCCCAACCGCCUCCUCCUCCUCCGCCGCCCUCCGCCGCACCAAAUCUUACUCCGCCUCCUCCUCCGCCGCCGUCUCCGACCCUCCCCGCCGUAAAUCCUGCGACGUCAGGUCUCGCAACACUCUCUCCGACCUCUUCAGUAUCCACGACCACAACCACGACGCGGUUCCGGGAGGCUUCGAGGUCGAGGAAUUAGGGUUUCAGCUGAGGGAAGAGGACGAAAAUGAAGAACAGCAAGAAGAAGAUGAAGAUGACGAAGAAGAAGAAGAAGAAGAAAUUAGGGUUUCUGAAGCUCCGAAUGUUCAAGAAGACGAGAAUGUGGAGUUGAAGACGAUGAAAGAGUUCAUAGAUCUCGAAUGGCAGACCAAGAAGCGCAAUGGAGGAAUGGACUUCAGGCACAUUGUCUGGGAAGCAGCUUCAGUGUUCACCAAGAAAUUGAGCAAAUGGCGCCGAAAGCAGAGCAAGAAGAACACUAAGAACGACUGCGACACCGUCGAUGCCGAUAUCAACCGCCGCGCGCGGCCGUGGAGGGAGACGCAAUCGGAGAUAGGGGACUACGGUUUUGGGAGGAGAUCUUGUGACAUGGACCCAAGGUUUUCCGUCGAUGCCGCGGCGGCACGGUACUCGUUCGACGAGCCUAGAGCUUCCUGGGAUGGUUAUGUGAUCGGAGCAAAGGCAUUUCCGAAUCCAAAUCCGAGGCAGCUUUCGCCUCUGGUUUCGGUUGUUGAGGAUGUUAAUCAGAGUCGAUUAUCGUUGGAUUUAACGAGUCCUCCUCCUCCUGGAGGUUCAGCUCAGACAAAAGAUUACUAUUCGGAAAUGUCAAGGCCUACGAGGAGGAGGAGCUUUGAUCGCUCCAAUUCACUUUGUAAUAAAGAAGUAGAUGACUUGAAAUUGAUAUCCAACGCUAAGGUUUCGCCCACCACCACGGAGUUAUUCUAUGGGGCUAAGUUGCUGAUUGCAGACCAGAAUUUGAGGGACACCAAUGGUUCUGAGAUUGUCGAUUCGGGCUCUAAGGACUCUGUUGUUAGUCAGAGCGGUUUCGACAAGUUGGGCAAGUGGCAUAAGGUGCGGAAUAUUUUCAAUUUCAAGCCUCAUAGGCGGCGAAACGAAUCGAAUUGUGGGAAUGGGAAUGGGAAUGAAGAAAAGUAUGUUGAAGGAAAUGUGGUUGAUCGUUCCUCCUUUGGUGAGUCUUGGCAGAAACUUAGGAGGGUAGCCAAUGGAGAAGCAAAUGGAAAUGGGUCUGUGAGCCAAAAGCUUAUCCGGAGCUAUAGUGUGAGCUGUAGAAACCCGUGCAAGGUGGCUGGAUUGUUCAAUCAUGCUGAGACAAAAUCCAAUGGUGUCAAGAGAAGAGAAGAGGUAAUACUGCAACACAGCCGGAGCGCGAGAUAUUCGCCAAACAACCUUGAUCAUAAUGGCCUGUUGAGGUUCUAUUUGACACCGUUAAGAAGCUACCGCAGAAGUAAAUCGGGAAAGAGUAAGCUAAGGAGCUCGAGUUCUAUAGCCAGGACUGUCUUGUGAAGGUGCAUCAACUGUUCUUCUAAGACAUAUCUUGUUGUAAAGACAUAUAUAAAAAUGUGUUUAGUUCUUGUUGUUGGGAUAAAAGCACAUCAUAUUGUAGUCUUUUCUCUGAUCAAUAUGCUUUUCUAAUAAUACCAGUAAUGGAAUUAGAAAACUGAUCGCCUUUUGUUUUCCUUGCUCUUGAUGGUAGUGAGAACUUAUAUGGAAAUAUAAAAUGCCCAAAAAUGCUU